UCUAGGGAGCUUUAACAUUCUGCAACCUGCCUGUCUGGCCCUAAGUCAUUCAACUGCAUUCAGAGAAGCCGCCUGACACAAGGUCAUAUGAAGGUAACAGGCCAUCAACUUUUUUCCUAUUACUAUAUUUCCCCCCAGUAUUUUUGUUCAUUACUUUCUCUUAUUACUUACCUAUGCUACACCCAGGAUUAUUGCUGAGAACAGGUCACUCAGGUACCUUCUCCUGGCACCUGCCUUGUACCAGACACCUAGAAAGAAAACAUGUGUUCAGCACAAGCUGUAUCAUACAGAUUAGCUAGUGUGUUAACCAGUUAGUCUCUAACUGGUUAAGUAGAAAUCCUUUGAGAUGCACAUUCCCAGGUGCCUGCCUAGGUCUAGGCAUUUUGAAGGGCAGCAGUGGCAGGCCUGCUGCAUUGGCUCCUCAGUACAGAACCUAAGAUUGUCCACAUUUUAUAUGCUAGGAGGCCAAUAAGAAAUGCAAAAUGGCUCCCUGCUAGAGGUUUGUGGAGUAUCCUAGGUGUCUGAGGGAUAGUGGCUGUAGUGGGCCAGAGACACAAGUUAAGCUUGGGGAAGGAGGCUGCUGACCAGCAGACCACAGAGAUUAGCACAGUGAGCUAAAAGGCAAAGGGUGCUCACUGCCUCUGAUCCCUUCUGGCUGUCAACAGUAACUGGAAAUGCGAUCUCUAGCCAGAUGUGUUGUUGGAGCCUAACUACUUCAAAAUGUCAGGGCAUUAGGUAUAUGAGCCUAGUGUGUGUACAGUGGUAGCUGUCAGCUGUCAGGAAUGGGAGGCAGAGAGAUGGCAGGCAGUGGGUGGCAAGGCUGCCAGUUAGAAAGAGACAGUUUUCAAAGUCACUGACUUAAAUGCAUGAACUAGACAGUUGACUCUCCUCUGCUUUAUUAGAAGUGUUCCCGGUUUCACAGGACCUUCCUGCAGAUCACGCUUGUUUCUAACCUAGAUGGAUUCUUCCCGUAAUUUACAUGUCACUUGUGUGGUUAAUUUCUCCCAUAAUUUCAGUUCAUGGCUAUCAGAUGUUGGUCAUUGUCUCAGUUUUCAUGGCUGUUUUAAAGUCUACUGAAUGAUGACUUUUACAAAAAGGAAGAGAUUGCUUUCAUCUUACAGAGUCACAGGGUACAGGAGGUGAGCAUAGCAGAUAAAGGUGUGGAGUGUGGCUAUGAAGAACUAUUUGAAGCUCCCGGGUUUCAGAUUUCUUCUGAGUCCCUGAGGACUAUAUACUAGAGGCUUUCAGUGCUAAGUGGCAAUUGUGGGGGAGGCAGGGUAGGGAGCAUGGUGAGAUGGGGCCUCUAGGUGGGGCCUCUAGAAGGGCUCUGUGACCCUUACCUCCCUCUGCAUGCUUCUGCUACAUGCACCUGCUGGUGGCUGUCACAGCUUUUCCCUGUGGAACUGACCACAGCUGGACCAGGGUUUGUGGUGAGUUGAAGCCUUGCAGAGCAGGUGGGACUGGAAAAGUGAAGGUGGGUUCUGCCCAGCAGAUUGGAGUCUGGAGAUCGGGGGCCUUAAGCACAGGUUAGACCUACGAGUGCCUGGCUCACCUGCUGCCUGGCUGGCAGGUGAAAAGGGGUCUAUCUUCCUUAGACCUUCAGGGCUUCAUGAGUUUUUUGUUGUUGUUGUUGCUGCCUCUCCCCCCAGCUGUUGGGGGUGUUCAUAUCUGACAUGAAUUAUGUCAUCACUGCUGAGGAGCAAGUAAGUGGGAUUUUUCUAUAUGGGUUGGUUAACCCUAGUCUGGAAAUCUGAGAUGGGAAAUGUUCCAAAAGGCAAUACUUCUGAGCACUGAGAUGCCCUGUGGAGAGAAGUCCACAUAAGAGCUCCUGUGAUCGCUUGCAGUCCAAAUGCCGUCAAAAAACACUGUAAGGAGCUGGAGAGAUGGUUCAGAGGUUGGGAGCACUGGCUGCUCUUCCGGAGGUUCUGAGUUCAAUUCCCAGCAACCACAUGGUGGCUCACAACCAUCUGUACUGAGAUCUGGCACCCUCCUCUGGUGUUCGGGCAUAUAUCGAGGCAGAAUGUUGUAUACAUAAUAAAUAAAUAAAUUUAAAAAACAAACACUGUAAAAGUUACCUUCAGUUAGGUGUAUAAAGAACAAAAUAUAGAUGAAUCUCUAUUUAGACUUGAGUGCCAUCUCUAAAAUAAUUCAUUAUGUACAUGAGAACAUUCAAAAUUAAAUAUUCAAAACAUGCCCGACCCCAAGAAUUUGGGAUAAAGAGUACUAGACAUUGGUAACAAGCUGGUCUUGUAGUAACCAAUGUCCUCCUCUCAGUGCCGCCGUGCUGGAGUUCCAGGUUCCCAAAUAUUCACCUGUCAACUGGCACAGCAAAUAGGGCUGGCUGUGCACUAAGGAAUGUAAUUUCAUUCCUAGUUACACCUGUGGUGACCUUGUUUCUAAAAUGUGUCUGAUGGCGCAUCUUCCUGGGUGCCCAGCUCGCUGCAGCAUUGGCCCAGUAACUGUUAGACCCAGGCCAGGUCCCACCCAUGUCUGCAGUGCCUGCUCCCAGUGUCUACCAGGAGACCCAUGUGGCUCACUGAGCUAAGGGACAGUUUGGGUGGGCCUUGUUGGCAUGGAUGCAGCCAACCCCCCCGGAGACUGUGCCCACAGGUGCCCAUCAGCUUCAAGGACUUGGCCGUGCGGUUCUCUGAAGAAGAGUGGCGGCUCCUGCAAGAGGGGCAGCGGGAAUUCUACAGAGACGUGAUGCGGGAAAACUACGAGACGUUGGUGUCUGUGGGGACCUCUGAGCUACUUCCUCUCUCCGCUUUCCUGUCACCCUCGGGGCCUGGAGGAGCCACAGCAGGAGAGAGCCACCAUGAUAAAGGACUAGAACCCCCAGUGGAGCAUGGCUCCCAGGGAGGGCAGCCCCAGCAGAGCCUGCACCUCACCGCCCUAGUGCAGCUGGUAAAGGAGAUACCGGAGUUCCUGUUUGGAGAGGUGAAGGGCGCUGAGGACUGCUCCGAGAGUGGGAGCACCAGUCUGGAAGGGGAUCGAGCGACCCCUGAGGUAGCCAGGGCUGUGGACACUUACCCUCCCCGCGGCCUGCUCAGUUCUCUUCCGGAGAGCCCUGCAAGCCACCCCAGCCUGGCCGCCACACCCACAGGCAGCUCAUCUUCCAGUGGCCCUCCUGGAGACUGGGCACAAGAAAGCCCCCUACCUACCAUAGAAACUGCUGAUAACUCACUGUCUAUAGAGAAGGAAGGCUUAGGAGCCUCAGGAGAGCCUUCCAUUCAUCCCAUUCAAAGCCUGGACCACAGCAAGAGCCAUCGAAGAAAAGAUAGAGACAGCACAGGAACAGGAACCGCUCCAGAGAACAGUCCCUUGCAAGGCCUCAUCAACUGUCUGAAGGAAAUCCUUGUGCCCAGGCCCCAGCACCGUGGGACAGCUCCAGACUUGCCACCUUCUCUCCCUGGCCUGAGUGUGUUGAAGCAGACCAGAGCUGAGGUGGAGCCAGGGAGCCUACCCUGCCCGGUGAAGACGGAGCCAGUAUCUGGGGAUUGUCCACUUCAAGGCCUGCUGAACUGUCUGAAGGAAAUCCCAGAAGCCCCAGACAGACGUCCCAGCCCCUCAGGAGCAGGGGACGUGCGGCUGCAGGAGGAUCCAGGAAAAAGGAAUUCUGGAGGGAUGAGAUGCCCCCAGACUCCUCCUCUCCGCCGGAGUCAUGGAGCUGGAAAUGUGCUUGCCAUGGUGAAAGUAGAAGACGGCUGGGUUCAGAGUCCCCCAGCACCAGCAUCCUGCCAGCUUAGCAGGCAGGGCCACAGUCCCUAUUUCACUGGAGAUACCAGAGAGGUCCGUGUACCCCGCUGGGGCCCCAUGACUCUUGCCAGCAGGGCCUCAAGCUCACCACUAGAAGCUCUAGAGGCCUGUCUAAAGGGCAUUCCUCCAGGUGGGUCAUCACCUCUUCAGCCACUAGCCACCUCAUGGUCCAGAAGUCCCCAGCCAGGAGAUUCUGGAUCUCAGAGGCUUGAACUACAGCCACAAGGAUCCCACAGUGAAGAAGCUACGAGAGAGCCACUUCUGCCUCUGAGUUUGCAGGGCUGCAUGAGAGAGGGACCUGGGAUUCAACCCUCUUGUUCCCAGGGUACCCCUACCAGCUUCUCCUCAGCCAGCAGCAGUGAUGGGGAUCUGGAUUUCAGGAGCCCCAGGAACAAUCUGGGGCAACGACUUGGGAAAGGAUAUCCACCAGGAAACUCUCCACUCCAAGGCCUGGAGAACUGUCUGAGAGAGAUCCCUGUUCCCAGGCCACAGGCUGCCUGGCCUUGUUCCUUGACUGUAGACAGGGGAUUGAAGAGACCAGAGCCCAGGAACUGGACUGCAGACCGAGAAGGACCGAGGGGCGAGGCCUGUGAGCCACCCCACCUCGGACAGGGUCGAGGAGAAGUACCCAGCAGGAGUCUCCAUCUAGGCAGUCCACAAAUGACUGCCAGACCAGGAACGUGGCAAUGGCCAAAAGAUGAGACAGCCACCUUGCCCUCCCCCCUGCACUGCCUGGAGAGCUCUCUGAGGGGGAUCUUGCCCGUGAGGCCCUUGCGUUUCACCUGUGUGACUGGCCCUGCCCCCAGUCCCAGCCCCUGCUCCAGCUCCAGCAUCAGCAGCUCUGAUGGAGAAGACCUAAGGCCAGAGCCUGCAUUCUGGCAGCCACCCCUCCAGAAGAGAGACCCCCUUCCCUCCAGUAAGGGUCCUGGCCCUCUGUGCCCUGUCUCUGGAGCAUCUCCAAGAGUCAACAACAGUAGUUGUCUUGCUGAAGACCCUGAGAGAACAGAGCCCAGAGACUGCAGCAGCCUCGGUACAGGAAGGGCAGAAGGGACAGGAGUCAAGUCCCAGUCACCCAGAAGAGAAGGGACUGCAGAGCACACAUGCCAGCCUGGCCCUGUCAGCAGUGCUGAAGUUAAAGGAGAAGGAAAAAGAGGAGAGGCAACUGCGUACCCAUGGCCUGCCUCUCAGCCAGAGGAAAGGCCUGAGCCCAAGGGUUCUGAAGACCCCAGGGACCUGGAGCCUGGACAUGGGCAACCCAGCAGCACAGCCAGGACCCAAGGAAAGCUGCUCUCUGGGGACCCUCUGGAGCCACCUAGCAAGUCUCCCCUUCCCACAACUGACUUGUCAACAUGGCCACCCACUUCUUCACAGCCACCAUGCCCAUGUGGCAGAUCCCUGCAGCAGGAGCUGCACAGCCUUGGUACUGCCCUUACGAACAAGCUGGACCAGCUUGCAGCAGCCUUGGCAGGCCUGACUCAGGAAGUGGCCACCAUGAGGACCCGGAUGGACCGGCUGGGAAGGCGUCCACAGAGCCUUGGACCAAAAGGCCAGGCUUCCUGGCGGUUGGCCCUCCCCCGGAGACCUCGCUGGGCCAGCAGACUAGACCACAGACACCUACCUUACUGGAGGCAGAAGGGCCCCACCAAGCCCAGACCAAAGAUCCUGCGGGCCCAGACAGAAGGCUGCAAGGCUGGUGACCGCCCAGGACUCUCUAGAGGGAAGGGCAAUUUGGUGCCUCAACUGCCUCCAGAUGGUUCCUCGGUAGAAUCUUCCAGGCCCACUUGUAGCUCAUCCCAGCAGAUCUCAGUAUCUGGAGGCCACACUGUGCUGACUGCACAUCCCCUUCUGGAACACACUGGUUGCCACCAGAAUCCCCUCUCCCCUUCAGUGCCUCCUGCCUUGGUCCCCCUUGUGGCCUCACCUGCAACCAGUGCAGACACAGAACCUCAGGCAGCUAGAGUGGCAGCGAUCAGCAUUCCAAACCAGCACAAGGAACCUAACAGCCUGCUGGGGGGAGCCCUCAGCAAAGACCUCUGGGGAGGUGACCACAGGGAUCCAAGGUGGGGGACCCAUUAACUGUGCUGUUCCUCUGCUCAGGCCUGUGAGGGUUCCUGGUGGGACCCUCUGGGGUACAGCCAUUGCAGGCUGCCUGUUUUCCAGGGGUUGUGUCUUCCUUACCGCUCAGCCAGCCCUCUCAGUGCUGCUGCAAGUCUGACCCUUUGCCUCUGCUGUGCCAGGCGCUCCUGGUGUCUGCAUAGAGCCACUAGAGAGGCAUUUCUCAGCCAUACCUCUGGCUUUCUUGGCUCAGGUUCAGUCAGCCAGUUGUUCUUCCUCCAUUAUCAGAGCCGUCUAGGUUCCAGGUGGGUGUCAUGCAUAUCACAUAUGCUCAGAGCCAGCUGCAGAUGGCACCGUGAAGGCACCUUAAUCUGAUUACCUACUCCCAAUCUCAAGGACACUAACAGGCCAGCCUUUAUCUGUCUAGAGUGAAUACUUCACAGAUCUCAUUUAGGGAGAGCCUGGCCUGUGGUCUGAGCUGAAUUGAUCCACAUGGAUUCUAAAACUAAAUACAUUAGCUGCUAAGAAAAGGCCAUCGGCUUCUAUGGAAGGGUGCUCAGAGGCACUUAGGCAUGGUGGCUUGGAUUAUCACCAGUACAGUGAGAGUUAGGCACGUUCCCUUCUUCCGAACAUACACCUCAAGAACUGAGCAUGUGCGGUGAGACUGGUGCAGCAUGCCACGGGGCUCCUGGGGAAGAGCAUGCACAUCUAUCAGUCUCUAGGGCUGUGCACAAGUGUUACAGGCUUAGUCUGGGCAGCUGAAACCAGGGGUCCCAAAUCAAGGUCUUGUCAGGGUUGGUUCUCCAGAGGGCAUCUGGCUCUGCUGGGGGCUGUCUUCAUGCUCACAUGGCAUCUUCUCCAAUGCCCUUCCUGCCACAACACAGAUGUUUUGGAUGGCACUCAUUCUCACUUGAAUUUAAUCUCCAAAGACUCUAAGGAACAUCACCUUCUGAAGUACCAGCAGGGUGCGCAGUAUGGUCAGCCUUUUGACAUUAUGACAUAGUGUUGUCAUCUAGAAAGUUCACAUUCAAGAACCAGACAGUUGAGAUUAAAAACAAAACCUCAUGUUUUAAA